AUGGGAGUGAUUUGUUUUUCGAUACCGGUAAAAACUCCCCAAGAUCCAGUUAAGAAUCCAAUAAAAGUAUUCGUGUUUCAUGAUCAAUUUCAUUUACGAAUCAGCUUGCUACGCAGUAUCUCCACUCCUACGAUGCUCAACUUGUAUCCGCCUUCUACACACAAUGCCUGGAACGGUCAGCCUCCUUCAUAUCCAGCUGGCACGGACUCGGUCGUGGAGGAAAUUUUCAACGCCACCAAAGGCGUUGGCACCAAAGAGAAGCAGCUGAACAAGGCGCUAGGGGGUAAGACAGCUACACAACGUGGCUUUAUUGCAAAGCGCUACAAAGAGCUUCACAAUCAGAGCCUGCGUGACCUGUUGGACGACGAAACCUCCGGUCACUAUGAAUUUUUGCUGAAGUUACUAGCUUCACCUCUUCCUGAGGCGGAAGCUGGUAUUCUGCGCAAGGCCACGAAGGGUCUGGGCACGAAGGAAGGACUUAUCUAUCCUGUCGUCGUGGGCCGUACUAAUGUUGAAAUUAACAUUCUUAAAAAGACAUAUUUUGACUUGUACGGCGAAGAUCUUGGCUCCGUGCUCGAUAGCGACUUGCACGGUGAUUUUCAAAAGGUAGAAGCCGACGUGGAAAAGCUUUACAAGACGGGACGUGGCAAAAUGGGCACGGACGAGGAGGGUUUUAUUAGUGUCUUGGUGGCUAGCCCGCCCGAGCAUUUGCGCAUAGUUGCCGCUGCUUAUGAGAAAAAGUAUUCGGAGCCGCUUGUGAAAGCUGCUGCGCAUGAGUUCACUGGCAAUGCUGAGAAGGCUGUGCUGUUUCUGAUUCGUAUGGUGACGGAGCCACUAGAUCUAUUGGCUGAACUCUUUGAGGAAUCUUUGAAGGGUUUUGGCACGGAUGAAAACGCUUUGAGUUCGGCUGUAGUACGCUACCACAUCGUUCUACGUGACAUUAAGCCAGUGUACAAGAAGAAAUAUGGUAAAGAGUUACGCGAACGCAUCGCUGAGGAAGUAAGUGGGGACUAUGGUGAGCUGUUGCUGUCUGUAUUUGAUGCUCGUGACUAA